CCUCGCCCCCUUCAUGCCCCUCCAGCCUCCGCCUCUUCUGCUGUUGUUGCCCUCAGAGGCGCUUAGUUUCUCGGGAUGGAGGGAGGACCUCGGCUGUGCGGCGCUGCAGACAGACCUGAGGGGCAUCUGGUGCUUUUAAAGAUGCUACUGGGGUUAGCUGGUGUUUAGUGUGACUUCAGAGAUGCGUCUGAGUCUGAAGGACGGCAUCGCUCUCGCCGUCUACACCUUCACCUUCCUGCUCGGCCUCCCCGCCAACCUGCUGGUCCUCUUCGUCUACGUCCGUAAAGCUCGUAAGCGAGGCGCCACGCCCAACGUGGUGUACGCCCUCAACCUGUGCCUGGCUAACCUGGCGCUGGUGGCCUGGCUGCCCGUCAAAGCUCUGGAGACGCUGCUGCAGGACUGGAUGCUGCCGGCGCCGGUCUGUCCGGUCUACAGCUUCUUCCUGUACUCGUCGCUGUACGGCAGCUGCCUCUUCCUCGCCGUGGUGAUGGUCGGACGCUACCUCAGCAUCGCCUUCCCCAUCGCCUACAAGCAGUACCGCCGCGCCCGCUUCUCCUGCCUCAUCAGCGCCGUCCUGUGGGCCCUGGUUCUGUUCCACCUCAGCAUCAGCCUGAUGGCCGAGGGCGGCGCCUACUUUGUCUCCACGGACGAGGACUCGUCGGCGUGCUACGACCGCCUGAACCCGUCGCAGCUGGCCGUGCUGCUGCCGCUGCGCCUGGAGAUGGCCGUGGUGCUCUUCCUGCUGCCGCUGGCCGUGACGUCGUUCUGCACGCUGCGCUGCGUCACGCUGGUGUGGCGCUCCAACCUGCGUCCUGCAGGGAAGCGGAGGGUCCUGGCGGUGGCGCUGUCCACCCUGGUGGUGUUCGUGGUCUGCUACGCCCCCUACAACGCCUCGCACGUGGUGGGCUUCGUGCUGCAGACCAACGUGGAGUGGAGGAGCACCGCCAUGCUGACCAGCCUCUGCAACGUCUUCCUGGAGCCCGUCGUCAUGAUGAUGCUGUCGCUGACCGUGUCCAGGGGCAUUCUGGGAAAAAUCUGCGGGCGGCAGAGUCAGUGCGGUCGACUCCGAUGGAAAUCGACCAACGGAGCGGCGAGCUUCAGGGCACCCACGUUAUCGGAGAAGAGCCCGGCGGUGAUGGAAGAGACCAGAGUCAGUCCUGGACAGAAAGAAACCCCAGCAGAGAGGUACGCUGUAGAAAAACACAGCAAAAAACAGACAAUCUGUCAGCAAGGAGGCAGAAAAACACGUUAAAAACUAGAACAUUGUCAGUACAACAGAAAUAUCAGCAAAGUAACCAUGCCUUUAGUGGAUUUAAAGACUAAAACUCUCAUUUUAUGGUCAAAGAAUGAAUUAAAAUCUGUAAAAUUACAGAUUUGUAGUGGUCAAGGUUACUUUAUUUGAAGCUGUUGGUGGAUUUGUUUUGCAGAUUAAAAUGACUGCAUUCGGACUAUUAACCCUCCUGUUGUCCUCAUUUACAGCCACCAAAAAAAAAAAAUCCAAAAAUUCUGCAAAAAAUCCCCAAAUUUCCUAAAAUUCCAAUAAUUCCUUAAAACUUUCCCUUAAAAGUUUUACUUUAAAAAAAUUCUAAAUUUGACAAGAAAAUUCUUGUAAAUAUUUUCAAAAAAAUACGUAAAAAUCUUCCAAAAACAAAUCCUAAAAAUAUCUAAAGUGAUUCCAUAUAUAUCAGUAAAACUUCUAAUAUUUUCAUUAAGAACAUUCACAUAAAAAUCAACCAAAAUCCGGUGAAAUUUGCUGGAUUUUGGUUGAUUUUUAUGUGAAUAUUCUUA